GGUUGUUGUAAUUAUUUUAUUAUAUGCACAGACUAAAAGGAAUAAGUUACCAAAGCCUAUGUCACGCAGUGUGAACACGAAAAAUUGCUUUGUAGCCACCCACGUAAUUCUGAGGUUAACGGCAGACCAGUGGCCACGAGGCAGAAAUCUGGUCAUAGGAAGAGGUCCACUCAGAUAUGGCUUAAGGAAACAAUGAUUUUGACCAUCAUACUUCCCUUUAGUGGCCAAGAAUGAAAGGUAAGUUUCUGUCAGACGCUUCAGUUCGAUCCCAUAUAUUCAAUGCUCACCCGUUUCCGGUGGAUUAAUGUCACUUUGUCCAAGAGAUACGACAUGGGAAUUACUCAACCAUGCGUUCAAUGCUCCGUGUCAGUGAUCUAAAAUAUUACAUCAUAAGACAGUGAAUAUUGGGAAUCCUUUGAGACCCAGGGGUUAACCUACAGAAUACAAGGCCACUUUAAAUCAUCCACCAAACGAGUCGGCUCGUUUGGCUCAUUUACUUCUUUGUUAACAAUGCUGAGCCAAAUGAUCCAGUGAAUAGAUAAACGUAAUACUCAACUUGCAUUUUCAUUACUCCUCGUUCUUUCAUCCAGUACCAAGCCGAACGAGCCACUAAAUGCAUAGAACUGAGACUUUAUGCAUAUAGAUUGUUCCUCGUUCUUUUACCUAGCCAAACGAGCCACUAGCUUAAGCGUAUAUUCAAUAUUACUCGUUCUUAUUUCCACUACCAAGCCAAACGAGCCUCUAACUGACACGUAUAUUCAAUAUUACUCGUUCUUUUAUCCGCUGCCGAGCCAAACGAGCCACUAGAUAUACUUCCUUCAAAAGUGGCCUUGUAUUGUACUCUUGCUCCAACCCAGGUUCGUUUGCUUCACUAAAGAAUCACGUUCGUUUCACGUCGUGCCUCGAGAGGACAAACUACCACUUCUCUCUUGUCGGUAAAAUAGCUCUCAGGUCCGGAUCCACCGAUAUUGGAAUUACCAUCGCCUCGAAUCAAGCUAACAAAACCUCAACACUCAAACACAGUCUUAAUUAGUAUGCUGUUUAAUCACCAUAUGUAUUUGUAUUUCAAAAUCCUAAAUUAAUUACCCGCCGAGUUGCUUUCGUAUCGUAGAUACAAUAGCAUUAGAUUCUACUUCAUCGAUCAUUUUGCGAUUUAUAACGUGCACGGUGAUUUGGGAAACGGUUUUCAUAUACUUAUAAUUUCAUCGCUAAUAGGAAAAAACAGAGAAAGGUGGUUACGAGAAAGUUUUGUGAAUUACAAUACCUCGUUCUUUUCAAAAGAAAAUGGUGUUGCGUGACAUCACCCUUAUAUUGAGUUGUGAUUAAAUAUGAAGUGACUUGCAACCUGCAAGGGCGUAGCCAGCUGUUCGAUUUGUCGUAAUAUUUGUUUCAACAUUUACAAAAGUCAUAUUACAAAAGUAAAGAAAGUGGAAAAAAAAAACUGCAGGCCCAUGGGCCUUAAGGCUGGCUGCGCCGCUGACCUGCGAUAAGCAGUUCUUCGUUCGAGAGAAGCGCCAUGGUUUAGCAGCACAAGGGCUUUUGACUUAAGAUUUAUGAAUUCAAAGUUUCAAACAACCUUGCAAAUCAUGGAAUGCAUUGAAGAAUAUCAAUUGCUAAGAAAGAAAAUUUUUUCCUAAGAUAUAAAAUGUAUUCAGUCAAAAAUUUCGAUUAAAUUUUGCUUUUUUUUUGCCGGAUAAUAUAUCAGCUGUAAGCAAGCGAGGAAUUUUUUCAUGUCAACACACAUGGAAGGAUGAGAGAAUUUGAUAACGCUAUGCAAAUCCGAGAUGCAACGCCACUACCAGGUUAACCGUUCGAAAGGGCGUUCAGGCUGAGAUUAACCAAAAUUUUAACACCUUAAGAACACAUCUUGGCUGAGAGUCAGUAAAGAACAUCUUCAUUUUGCUCUUUUUAUUGUGUGAAAAGUUUGAAGGUAAAAGAAAUGUAAAACUGCGGUCUAACAAGACAAUAAACUCAACUACUUUGGGGCCUUUUUUUAACAUUGACGAUGCGGUUUUCUUAUUGCACGAUAAGCUGAAGAACGACCCAGUUUGUAGUCGAACACAGUCUGGUCACGUCCGAAUCAAUUUAUUUAAAUACUAUACCUCACAACUUUGAGAACAUGUUAAGAAAUUUUUGUAGGCGCAAACUGCGAAAACAAAAAUAAGGAUGUUCAGCCCAAGCCUUAAAAUUAGACGUUCUCCCUUCGCAACACACAGGGAACGAGAUUGGGUUACAUUAACCCUUUACACCCUCACAUUAGCAUGCAUUUUCUCUUUACUGUUGUAUGCAUUUCCCGAGCUGCUAACAAGGAGAAUUUGUUUAAAAAUCAAGUACUUCUUUAGUUCUUGAUCAUUUCCUUUAUUCAUGUCACCUUAAUAUGUGAAUCAGGGUCGGUAUUGUAAGGAGAAACUAGAUGACAGUCACUCUUAGGGGUCAAAUGAUGUGACGUUAAGUGUUAACACUGAGUGCAUGAAGAUGAACAUAUGGGAUGGCAAUUUACUUACAUCUGAAGCUAUUUUUAAAAAUUUUAGUGUAUUUUCUUUUUUAACUUAGAAACCUUGAAAUAAAGACUUUUACCGUCCUCAAAUUGGAGCACUGUAAUCAUCACUACUGAAAUUCUGAGUGAACUGAAGAUUGACAGCAUCCCACUGAUGACAGCCUUCAGUGCUCUUCAGACUUGGAAAUGUUACUUCUUCUCAACGUUUGUCGCGGUUGGAAUUUUAAGCCUCUUUUACAUUUUCCGGCUAGAAGUGGCUGAUUCCUAUAUCUUUAAACAGUUGUUUCGAAAGAGAAACGUACCUGACAAUGAAACGAGCUCAUAUAUAAUGAUAAAUGAAACUAAUGCAGAGAUUGCAAACCACAUUUUCACAAAUGCUUAUAGACCGACCACGCCCGCAUCAGUUGAAGAGGAAAGAAGUAUUGGAGUUCAGAAUGUAGAGAUUACAAGGCCCGGGUUCAUAUCUUGCAAAGGCAAUGCAACAUGGGAAGCAUACGGGGACUCAGAUUGUUCUGAUAACUCAAGGCGAGACAAUUUGUGCCAUCUUCUUCGUGCCUGGACUAUUGCAGCCAAGGAACACAACAUUAUUUACACUUUAGCUGCAGGGAGUCUUAUUGGAAUGCUACGCAAUAACGAUCUAAUUCCCUGGGAUACAGAUAUCGACAUAUUCCUCCACGUGAAAUAUUUCCCGCUUUUGCAAAAAUGGGAGAAAGAGAAAAUGUUUACAAGUCUUGAAGAAUCAAUCUAUCUGGCGACUCAGCCAGGACCAGUAAAUAAUGUUCCCGAGGAAAAAAGAACUCGUCACAACUGUAACGGAAAGGUAAGUUGGCUCCUGAAAUAUAUCUCGGCGGUCUCACUUGAGCACCACUUACAAAAAGACUUCAGUAUUAACCCACUUCUUGUCGCACGUGCGCGGAUGAGUAUUAUGACAGCAAUGUUUCAAAUCAGUUGUUCUCAUGUUUACUCGACCUUCCUCUGGGUUCCCAAGCGUCCACCAGGUUUCCCCAAAGCGAAGCUUUUAAGAGUUCUGUAAGGAACUGAAAUGUUUCGGCCCAGACCCGACUCCUCCCAAACCUCUCACAGGCUCGUUUCAUUCGCCGGCUUAAAACCUGCGGGCUUCGCUGCACGUGCCGAGGCACUUAUAAAAGACCGUUCGUAUGCUAGAACACAGCGGUCGAACGUCGAGCAUGCGCGACGGGAUCAAUUUGGUCGGCCGCGCUUCAUUUUCGCGCGCAAAAAUUCAAAGGAAAACAUAAGAACCAACCGCCAUCUCGCAAGAUUAGCGAAAGAUUUCUGAAACUUUUAUCGAAAUUUGUAAAAGGAAAACAACAGUAUAGAAAAAGAAAACUGGAGGUCAGAGCUUAUUUAAGUCCAGGUAUUCGGCUGGUUUACCAUUCUGUUUUGAGCUGUAUCAAAAAAGGUUAUACACUUUUAAAAUAGCGUGAUUUACUCGCUUAUGUGGUCAUUUGUAACUCGUUGAUUCAACUUAGUUCCGACACUCCUUGAAAAGGCGCCACCUUAUCGUUACAGCGUUCGCACAAGCGCAGACGUUUGACAGCUGUUUUGUAUGCUAGUCUAUUACUAACGUUCUGAUAAAGCCCGGUUUCCUGAUUAUUCUGCAAAUCGUCAGGAUUAUCCUUUUAGUGUCAAAAAAAAAAAAUUCAAGACUGCCAAAGUAUCACAUCGACCAGACAAUCGGGUCGAUCACGUUAGCCCCAUUAAACAGAGUACUAUUCGAUUGUGUGAGUCUUACGGGAUAAUCUGAGUAGUGUUUAUAAAUCAUCGUCCUGAUCGUCUCGAAAUAUUUGUGCGACAAUUGGGAUGUUCUCGAAGAUCAUAAAACUGUGGAAACCAGGCUUUAAGUGACAAAUUUGUUAUUCCAAGUCGUAGAAAGUAAAGCAUCUGAUCUGGCCAAGGUACACAUAUCGUCAAAUUUUGUAGUGUGAAGUUAACCUUUUCCUUAGACAAAUAGCCAACAACCUCCCAUAUCCGGAAACUCGGGCGAGUGUGGACUAUAGCCAUAUAUUUAACACCGAAAACUUUCAACGCUUCUAGGUCAUAAGCUUCUGAUUUAAUAUUGAGCUAUUUUCAACCACUUUUCAGCUUAAUGUUGGCCAAUUGGCAGUAGCUGUCGAUUCUAAUGACAACAUUAAGGAGUACUUACAUAUUACAUUCGUGGUUCCUCUCCCUCUAUCGAGUUAGUCCCAAGCCUGGGCCCUACCCCCCACUAACCUCCCCCCAAUUCCUCCCCCCAACCCCCCCCCUCCACUUCUCUUUUCUCCUAAAUGUUCAACACUAUGGCUUUUGUUCGGGAAGUAAAACGAUUACAGAAUUAUAGUAAUUUAGUAUAUGGAAUUUGCUCAUGCAGGUUUCCACUCACCCUAAAUACGAAGACGUUGACAAAUUUGUGAUUCUCUUCUCAUCAGGUGACGUCAAGUUACUCAGACAUGUGCUCCUUUCUAGAGCCUAUGGCGAGGUUAAUAAGAGGAAAUUGCUUUAUUGACUUUUUUCAUUAUGAAGAAAAAGACGACAUGGUGGUAGAACAUAAAGAAAAUCUUGCUGUUAGCAUGCAUAAAUAUACAGAUUUCUAUCCCUUUAGGCCGUGCGUUUUCAUGGGUUUUUCAGUUUCAUGUCCAAACAAACCCUUAGAAGUUUUACGAGUUACUUACAAUAGUAAGUCUGACAUGAAGAAACCGCCCAAAGUUUGUAAGAAUGGUAACUGGGUUUCUAAUAAAUGAAAACUAACAAACAAACUUUAACCUACAACUUUUGACUUGGUUGUAGAAUGGCGUAUUAUUUUGUCACUAGUGAAUAGGUUUUGUUUUUUACAGGACGUUCUUGAUUUUAACUUGAUCUACCGGUUUGCACCAUUUUUCGUUCUUGAUUUUAACUUGAUCUACCGGUUUUGCACCAUUUUUAAAUUACCUGUCUGUAUAUGUGACUUUUCCAACACGUGUAGUUCAGUGGAGUCGCGAGUAAGGAGCUAGGAGUUUCAAGUUUCAAGUAUUUCCUAUUCGAUUAGGGAAAAUUUUUAUUCGAUCAAUGAACGCCAAUCGAGUUUAUAAAAUUGUUAAUCAGCCAAAGACUAGUUCUAAGUGAGGUUUUGGGAGUAUAAAACUCAUUAAAGAGACCAUAUUCAUAUCUAGGCUUAGUUUUAAAGAGACUGACAGGUAAUCUGUCCCGAGGAAAAUUAAUCGAGUGUUGCAUGGUUCAUGCUGAAAGGGAAGCGGGGCUGUGAAUGAAUAAUGUAUGGUCAGGAAGGCUGGGUGUGGCGACAAGCGUAAACAGCGGGACAGUUGAGGAAAAAAAAAAUAUGAAGGAGUGGGGACCCUUCCUUGAAACCCGCG